AUGUUGGCGCAUUCGAGUGAAGCUCAAAGUCAGGAAAUGGAAACGGUAAAGGGUGAGCAGGACUCUCCUUUUCAUCGCCGUGCUAAUAAGUCAACAACCUCACAAGACGAUAAUGCUAAGUCUUCGUCUUCUAAACCUGAUAACCAAACUUCCAACUCAAAAAAUAAUGCUAAUGGGUCUGAUAAGCAGACUUCAAAACAACCGCAAACUUCUGAACAAAAAAGUUCCUCAAAAAAUAAUGCUGAAAAUUCUGAUUCACAACCUUCUAAGAGUACCACAAAUAAUGUUGCUAAAGAAUCUAAUAAUGAGCCAUCUCCAAAACAGACGCAACUUUCAAAGAGUCCUCAAAAAAAUGGUGCUGAAAAGUCUAAUGUGCAAUCUCCCCAAGUUUCUGAGAAGAGUACGUCAAAACAACCGCAAAAUUCUGAACAAAAUAGUUCCUCAAAAAAUAAUGCUGAAAAUAAUUCUAAAAAUUCUGAUUUACAACCUUCUAAGAGUUCCUCAAAAAAUGGUGCUAAAGGAUCUAGUAAUGAGCAACCUCUAAAACCGACGCAACUUUCUAAUAGUUCCUUAAAAAAUGUUGCUAAUAAUGAGCAACCUCUAAAAUCGACGCAACCUUCUAAGAGUUCCUCAAAAAAUGGUGCUAAAGAAUCUAAUAAUGUGCUGCCUCAAAAACUGACGCAACCUUCUAAGAGUUCCUCAGAAAAAGUUGCUAAAGAAUCUAAUGUGAAAUCUCCCCAAGUUUCUGAGAAGAGUACUCAGAAAAAUUCAAAAGAUAAUGCUAAAAAUUCUGAUUUGCAACCUUCUACGAGUUCCUCAAAAAAUGAUGCUAAAAAAUCUGCUAAUGUACAACCUUCAAAACAGACGCAACUUUCUACAAAAAAUGUUGCUAAUAAUAUGCAACCUUCUGAGAGUUCCUCAAAAGAUGGUGUUAAAGAAACUAAUAAUGUGCAACCAAAACAGACGCAAUCUUCUAAGAGUUCCCCAAAAAAUGGUGCUGAAAAAUCUAAUGUACAACCUCCCCAAGUUCCUGAGAAUAGUACCUCAGAACAGACACAAAUUCCUCAGAAAAAUUCAAAAGAUAAUACUAAAACACCUGAUAAAAUAUCUGAAAAACCGACACCCACUUUUCAGAAAGGUUCGUCACAAAAUAAUGCUAAAGAGUCUCUAAAACCAAUACCCACUUCAGGGAAAGGUUCAUCACAAAAUGAUGUUAAAACAUCCGAUAAACUACCUCUAAAACAAAUACCCACUCAAAAUGUCGCUAAACCAUCUUUUGAGAAGGAAUUAAAGCAAACACCCACUUCGUCUCAAAAUGAUGAUGUUAAUCAGAUUUUAAAAUCGACACACACUAAUCAGAAAGAAUCUUCAAAACCAACAUCCACUUCAGGGAAAGGUUCGUUACAAAAUGAUGCUAAAACAUCCGAUAAACUACCUCCAAAACCAACACCCACUGAAAAUGAUGCUAAGCCAUCUUUUGAGAAGGGUUUAAAACAAACUCCCACUUCGUCCCAAAAUGAUGUUAAUCAGAUUUUAAAUCCGACACCCGAUAAACUACCUCCAAAACCAGCAACACCCAUUCAAAAUGAUGCAACACCAUCUGUUGAGCAGGUUUCAGCAAUUAAUAAAAAAGUUAUACCUACAGAUCAUGCUUCGACUACUUUGCCGUCAUCAAGGACUACUGCAACUGAUGCAGCUGCAAAGAAACCAUUAGAUAAAAUAGCUACUUUGUCCUCAUCAACAACGAUACCACAGAAGAAUGAAGCAAAUACAUAUAUGAAUACUAAAACAACUAAUUUACCAGGAGUGACACCUUAUAUUGACUCAGCAUUAACUAAAGCAACUGCAUCACUUUCAAUUGAUGCAACAAAUACAGCGCAUUUACCUGAUGCAGCUGCGGAGAAAACAUUAAAUAAACCAACUACUUUGUCCCCAACAGCAACGAGACCACCACAGAAGAAUGAUGCAACUACACCAAAGACGGCACCUUAUAUUGACUCAUAUGCAAAGACAGCAUUAACUAAAGCAACUACAUCAACGACGGCAUCUUAUGUUGAUUCAUAUGCAAAGACAGCAUUAACUAAAGCAGCUACACCAACGACGGCACCUUAUUUUGACUCAUUUGCUGGAAAAACUAAAGCAACUAUUUCAGCGACAGCAAAUAUACCACUUGAUGCAACUGCUUCACCGUUAUCAAUAACUAAAGCAACUACUUCAGCGACAGCAAAUAUACCACUUGAUGCAGCUGCUCCAAUGACAACAACUACGACACAUUUGGGUGAAAUAGCGCUUGUAACUAAAUCAUAUACUUUAAUGUCAUCAGAAACUCCAUCACCUUUAUAUAAAACAGCUACUUCAACAACGAUUAAUUACGGACCUAUUUUUCCAACUAUUCCAAUUAUUCGCGUCAGCACAACUGCUGAAUUACCAACUCCAAGUAUUACAUCAAAUCCUGGAAAAAUAACGGAUUAUCAAUCAUCAACGAGUACUGCUCCGUCCGUUACGCAUAAGCCUUAUAUUCCUGUAAUAACUGGCUCGCUUCCUAUAGCUCCCGUGGCGACAGAGCCUGCGAAAAAUACUGCACCAUCAGAUGACAACUUACCUUCAGUUAUUGUUACCUCAACUGAUCCCUCCAGUUACACACAACCGGACACUAGUCGUUUUACCGUAAAGAUAAAUCUAUUGUGGCCUUCGGUUGUAAAUGACUCCGAAUUUCCUCCGGUACUAUGCAAUGUGUUACCAAAUAAUAUAGCGGAUUUCUUUGGUUUCUCGCCAAAUAAAAUAAAUGUAACUCAAUUAAAACGUGCACCAGAUAAUACUUGUUUGGCGGAUAUGGUAGUUGCAACAUCGAAUGGUAAUGAAAUUAUAAAGACUUUAAGUAAUCCUAAAAGCAAAUUUUAUACUGGUGUGCCAGAUGAUCAAAAACUAGUUAAUAGUUUAGUGAAUCCUCAGUUUCCCAUGGCUUUACAAGCGAAUUCAGCGGAAAACGCCCAAGCAGCUGAUCAGAAUUUCAAUACUUCACCCAACUCUCCAUCGGGAAGUGGUAGUCCUCUUGGAGCAAUUGUUGUAGUAGCAGUGGUUGGAUCUACAUUAUUGUAUGCUGGAUUAACCGCACUUGUGGUUCGAGCUUAUAAAAGAAGUAAAAAUAGGGCAUCUGCAAUCAGACAGGAUUCGUAUGACACGUAUUCUGGAAAUCCUUGA